AUGGAUAAGUUAGUUCCUAUUGUAAAUAAAUUGCAGAAUGUACUGUCAUCUUUUAUAAGUAGUGAAGCAUUAAGCUUACCACAUAUAGCAGUAGUAGGUGCUCAGUCAGUAGGAAAAACAUCACUGUUAGAAUCCUUAGUUGGACUAAGCUUUAUGCCUAAAGGAGAGGAUAUAGUAACGAGAACUCCUAUUAUAAUACAAUUAACAAAUUCUAAAUCAGAAGAAUGUUAUUGUACUUUAACUUAUUCAGAUUAUGAAAAUAAUAAAGUAGAAAAGCAUAUUGAUGAUUUUACUAUUUUAAAUCAAAUGUUAGUAGAUGUAACAGAAGAAAUUACAGGAGGAAAUAAAUGUAUAAAAGAAACUCCUAUUAUAAUAGAAAUACAUAAAAAUGAUGUUUUAGAUUUAACAUUAAUUGAUUUACCAGGGUUAACUAAAGUUCCUGUUGGAAAUCAGCCAUAUAAUGUAGAAGAACAAAUUGUUAAUUUAGUAAAUAAAUAUAUAAAAAAUCCUAAUUGUAUUAUUUUAGCUGUUUCUUGUGCUAAUAUUGACUUAGCAAAUUCAGAUAGUUUGAAAAUGGCUAGAAGCGUAGACCCAAAACACGAAAGAACAAUAGGAGUUAUAACAAAGUGUGAUAUGGUGGAGAAACCUGAAAUUUGGAAAAAAAUGAUAAGUGGAUCUCUAUAUCCUUUAAAAAAAGGAUUUGUAGCUGUUGUUUGUAGAAGUCAGAAAGAUGUUGAUGAUAACAUUAGUAUUGAAGAAUCAAUAAAAAAGGAGGAAGAAUAUUUUAAUCAAAGCAUUGAUGUUUCUAAUCAAAUUGAAUGUAUACUAGAAUGUGGGAUAAAAAAUUUAGCUAAAAAAUUAAAUAAUAUUCUUAUUGAACAUAUUAAAAACACAGUACCUUUUUUAAAACCUAAAAUUGACUCUUUAAAAAGUAUAGAAGAAGAAAGGUUAUUAGAAUUAGGAGAACCAAUGGAAAAUAUGAAUCGUUCAGAAUAUUUAGCAGUUCUUGUUAAUUAUAUAACUAAAUUUUCUCAACAAUAUCAAGAUAUAAUUGAUGGAAAAGUAUUUUAUAAAGAUAGAGUAGAUGAACUAAAGGGAGGAGCAAGAAUACAUUAUAUUUUUAAUGAUUGGUACAUAAAAGCGUUAAAUGAUUUUUCUCCAUUAGAAAUGUUAACUGAUGAAGAAAUAAGAAUUGCUAUAAGAAAUUCCAGUGGGCCUAGAGGAGCAUUAUUUGUUCCAGAAAGUGCUUUUGAGACUUUAAUAAAAAAAUUAAUAAAUUGUUUAAAGGAACCAUCACUUCGUUGUGCUGAUCAAGUUUACGAAGAAUUAAUUAAAAUUGUUGAUAACUGCAAAAUACCAGAUAUGGAAAGAUUUACAAAUUUAAAAAGUGCUAUAAAUGAACAAGUAAAAAUAUUAUUAAAGGAUUGUUUACAGCCAACUAAAGAAAUGAUAAAAAAUUUAAUGUUAAUUGAGUUAUCCUAUAUUAACACUAGUCACCCUGAUUUUUUAAAUGAGCACUUUAUGAAAAAUGUGUAUGAUAAAGAUAAUGAUUAUGUUGAAGAAUCAGACAGCGUGUUAAGUGCACAUAAAAUCCCAAAUCAAAAGAGAGAUGGACAGGAAAAUAUUAAUAAUAUCAAUUAUUCUAUGACACAUCAUACAUUUAAAGAAGAAGCAAAAAUAUGGAAAAAUAAAGAAGAUGCAAAAUUUUUCAAAAAUAAAGAAGGAACAAAAAUUACUAAUAUUAAUAAUAAUAGGGAAAAUGUUUUUGUUUUGCCUGUUAUACCUGACAAAAUUAUACCUGAAUAUUCUUCUUCUUCUAAAGAAAUAAUAGAAAUUGAUUUAAUUAAAUCAUUAAUUAAUAAUUAUUUUAAUAUUGUUCGCAAGCAUAUAGCAGAUGCAGUACCCAAAGCUAUUAUGCAUUUUAUGGUUAAUACUUCAAGAAAAACUAUGCAGAAAGUUUUAAUUUCUAAUUUGCAUAAUGAUGAAUUAUUUAAUUUAUUUAAUGAAUGUUCAUCUAUCAAAGUAAAAAGAAAUAAUUGUAAAAAAAAUUUGGAAUCCUUGAAUCAAGCUAUCAAAAUGUUGGCAGAAAUUAGAAAUCAAGAAAUUUAA